CUCUCUAUCCUUUCCCACUCAUUGAAAGCUAACACUGUCCUGGUACCUGCAGACCUAACCAUGAAGUCCUUGUUCCUUGUUCCAACACUCCAAUAUCAAUGAUUCUCUAUCAUUUUUAGACUUGUCAUUCUUUCAUUGGAGAUGCAGAUUAGAACAUAGAAUUUAGAUGACCACUUACACAGCAUGAACAGGAGCACUGAAUCUAGUUGUCAAAACUUACAAUUUUAAGACUGUGAUACAAUUUUUUGAAAGAGCAAGCAGGAAUGAUUUACGGUAACCCAUUCUUUUCUCUAGAACCCCAAAGGGCAACCCAUAACUGUGAUUGUCAGUUUAACAGAUCAUGUCUCUCUGCAGGAAAUGUAAAAGAUCACUUACCUAAAGUUGAUAUGGUCAUGAAAUUGCUGGGAAAGAGGCACAUCUGCCUUGCAGAUACCAAGAGUGGAAAGCAGCCUGCGGCACCUAGAAGCGCAGUACGCCAGUCCAGUCUGUGCUCCCCCACUCAGCUGCCCACAGCAGCUCUGUGUGAUGCACUGGUUCCCAAGCCAGCUUGCUCAAAGACCUCUUCCUGACACAUACAUACACCAUUCAUAUUGCUGAACAGUGAUUAUUUCAAGUGACAACUUCUUUAUGGUACCUUUUGCUUGUUUUUGAAGACCUAUUGUUAUCAUGGGGUUUAUACAAAUGUUUUUAUGUGUAAAGUUAAUUGAAGGCCAAUGACGAGAAAUUGAGACAGUCCCAUGAACAACUGCAACUGAAGGCAAGACAGAAAGAUAGAUGUUUCUUUGUACAGCUGAAUUGAUACUGUACUAAGGUCUUUUACAUGGCUGCCCAGCCUGUUGGACUAGAUAGGUCAGGCAUCCGAAUCACACUGCAGAUGCUAUAUUUACUUUUAAAGUAUCUCUGUCACAUGGCUAUACAUAGCCAUUCUCAUUCAGGGCAAGCAGCCUUAACAAAUGCAAUGCUCUAUGAAAUUGUUAAAGGACUUUAAUUAAACCUUUAAUACAAAAAUUUACAAAAAUACAAAAGAAUGCUUUGUCUGUACCUGGAGUCUUCAUAGCCAUAAGAUGGGUUUUCUUGCUGUACUUGCUCUACCAUUACUUCUCUUAGGGAUCAGUGGAAUUAUUUAUAUUUACCAGUCAGUCAGGUGGCUAUUGUCCAAGUCAGCUGUGCAAAACAAGGUGGUGGUGAUCACGGAUGCCAUCUCCGGACUGGGCAAGGAAUGUUCUCGGGUGUUUCAUACAGGAGGAGCAAGACUUGUGCUGUGUGGCAGGACAUGGGAAAAGUUAGAAGCCUUGUAUGAUGCUUUAAUUAGUGUGGCAGACCCCAGUAUGACAUAUGCACCAAAGCUCAUACUUAUGGAUAUCUCAGACAUAAACUGCAUUCAAGAUGUAGCUAAGGAAAUCCUGAAUUGCUAUGGCUGUGUGGAUAUACUGAUCAACAAUGCAAGCAUGAAGGUGAAAGGAGCAGUGCAGAGCAUUUCAUUGGAACUUGAUAAAAAGAUAAUGGAUGCCAACUAUUUUGGACCUAUAACAUUAACCAAAGCUAUUCUUCCCAGCAUGAUCUCAAGAAGAACUGGCCAAAUUGUUCUAAUUAAUAGUAUCCAAGGAAAAAUAGGAAUCCCAUUUCGUGCAGCUUAUGCUGCUUCUAAGCAUGCUGCUGUAGGCUUUUUUGAUUGUCUUAGAGCUGAAAUGGAAGAAUUUGAUAUUUCUGUCAGCACUGUGAGUCCAACCUUCAUCUGUUCAUACCAUCGCCAACCAGCACCUGGCAACUGGGAGGCAUCUAUUUGGAAAUUCUUUUUCAGAAAGGUGGCAUAUGGUGUGCACCCAGUGGAGGUGGCAGAGGAAGUCUUGUGCACAGUAAGCAGUAAGAAGCAGGAGGUACUUAUUGCCAACCCUAUCCCCAGAGCAGCAGUUUACAUUCGCACCUUCUUCCCUGAAAUGUUUUUUGCCAUUGUUGCCUCAGGGAUUAGGGAAAAGCUGAAGACAGAAGAGGAAAAUUGAUUUUGUUCAGUUCUUUACCCUGCUUUUGACCUGAAAAAAAGUUUGUUUCAAAUGUCAAUGAUUUCUGCUUCUCACUAUGGGUAGAAUAAAGCAGGAGGCUUUAUUAAACAUGAA